UUAAUAAUUCCUGUUAUUAUUUCACAGAGCUCAUCUUCCCCCUUCUCCCCUCUGGGUCACCAGACACGGAGCUGCAUCUCCAUCCACCCCCAGGAAAGCACAGAAAUGCUUUGAAAACACAGGAAUUCCCAACAAAGAGUCGUUCCCAGCAUCCCACGGGAUGACUGACGGGAGCUCUCGGCCAAUAUUUGACUUUCCAGGUGAGAUUAGAUUGAGCUUUUCAUUUAAUAAACACAGAAAGUGUGCAGUGCAAGGCACUUCUUUCACAUCCAGCAGGCUGGAGGCUGCUCUCUAUUGGAGAUUAUCACCUUAUUAUCCAGUGGGAUUUGGAAAUCCCCAGUGAAUCUCCUGGAAAAGGACACGGGGAAAGCGAGGAUGGCUGAGGUGAAGAACCUCACCUGGGCGGUGGAGGACAUUUUCAAGGACACCUUUCUCAGCUACAUGAACGGCUGGAGGAGGAACAUGACGGAGGCGGCGAACAAGCUGCAGGCCCAGGUGGCGGCCGAGAACUUCGACUACGUCAUCCUGUACCUGAUGGUGAUGAUCGGGAUGUUCUCCUUCAUCAUCGUGGCCAUCCUGGUGAGCACCGUGAAGUCCAAGAGGAGGGAGCACUCCAACGACCCCUAUCACCAGUACAUCGUGGAGGACUGGGGAGAGAAGUACAAGAACCAGGUGCUGAUCCAUGAAAAUCCGGGAGCGAGGGAUAAAACGAGCCCCGAAUCGCCCUGAGCUUCGGGAAACGCCGGCGGGGAGGAAAUCAGGGAGUGACACACGGGGAACCCACUGGAAUUAUGAAAACCUGGGAAACUGUUCAUUAAAUUUACACACAGGUCGAGGUAUAAUGGAGGAAACCAACCUUACUGGUUCCCAUCAACCUUACUGGUUCCCAUCAACCUAACUGGUUCCAAAUCAAUCUUACUGGUUCCCAACCCACCUUACUGGUUCACAUCAACCUUACUGGUUCCAAAUCAAUCUUACUGG